AUGGAGGACUUUACCAAGGACGAUGGAUACCCAUACUUGGCUAUCUCCCAGGAGGAGAAGAUCAGCUUCACCUCAAAGCCAUUCGAUUCCAAGAAGAACUGUUGGAUCCCUGAUGCUGAGGAUGGUGAGUUGACCAAGUUUUUGCGGAUCAAAUGGGUUUAGAGGAGAGAAAAGUGGUUAAAAUCCUAUUUUAGAACCGAUUAUAGUCUUCGAAUUUGUUGUAAUUUUGUAUUAAGUCGGCGCCCAGACUGGAGUAUGAUUUUGGCAAAAUUUAUGAUUAUUUUUUCCAAUCAGAAUAUUUAGCUGGGUUUUGCCUUUAUCAUCAAAAAGUAAUCGCAAAAAAUGAAGCGUAUUCCCAAAAUACUUGCUGAUUUCGCCUUUCGACCCCUUAGGCUAUAAAUUCUCUAAAAUGAACGGAUCCCCCAUUCCAACUCGAAUAUCAAAUUGCAUAUAAUUUUAUUCAAAUCCCAUUUCUCGGCGAUUGUUUGGGCCAAUUUUUUUAUUUCUUUGGCGAUUCUUUCCGCCUUCUGGCCCGACCCGCGGCCAUGCUCAGGUGUGGGCGUUAAAACAUUGAGGAUGCCCUCUUUCCACAGAUCGGGGGGCCAACUGUCCCCGGUUCGGCGAAACUCUCUUCAACGCCUGUUUCUGCUCCAAUCUUCAAAGAACAACAGGAGCCCAGGUGCUCUCGGGCAUUGUUGAUCAACCCGCAGUUUCCAGAUAUUAUUAGGAGGAGAAACACAAAAAGUGCUUCAAACAAUUCGGGCCCUGGGGUGGAAAUAAGAUCAAAAAAGAUUAGAAUGCAAAAAAAAAUUGCCAAUUUAGAUUUCGAUUCGAAUAAGAACAAGAUUGAAAAUAUCAGAUUUAAAUUUAAUAAUAAAAACUGAAGCCGAAAAUUAUAUUACAUAAUUUGGAACUUUAGGCUUUGUUCGUGCCGAAAUUAAGUCCGCUGCUGGCGACAAUGUGACCGUCGUCACCGAAAAGGGCAAUGAAGUUACCGUCAAGAAGGAGGAAGCUCAGGAGAUGAACCCGCCGAAGUUCACCAAGACAGAGGACAUGGCCAACUUGACCUUCUUGAACGAAGCCUCCGUGUUGAACAACUUGAAGGAGCGUUAUGCCGCCAUGAUGAUCUACACCUACUCUGGUCUUUUCUGUGUCGUCAUCAACCCCUACAAGCGUCUCCCCAUCUACACCGAGUCCGUCAUCAAGCACUACAUGGGCAAGAGACGUAACGAGAUGCCACCUCACUUGUUCGCCGUCUCUGAUGAGGCCUACCGUAACAUGGUUCAGGAUCGUGAGAACCAGUCUAUGUUGAUUACUGGAGAAUCUGGAGCCGGAAAGACCGAGAACACCAAGAAGGUAAUCUCUUACUUCGCCAUUGUUGGUGCUACUCAAUCUGCCAGUUCGUCUGAGAAGACCGAAGGAAAGAAGGGAGGUACCCUGGAAGAACAGAUCGUCCAGACCAACCCUGUGUUGGAGGCUUUCGGUAAUGCCAAGACCGUGCGUAACAACAACUCUUCCCGUUUCGGAAAGUUCAUCCGUACCCAUUUCUCUGGAUCCGGAAAGUUGGCUGGUGGUGACAUUGAGCAUUGUAAGAUUUUAUCUCUCAUAAUAUUUUCUUAAGAGUCUUGUAAAAAGAAUUCUGACUUAAAACAAAUACUUUCAGAUCUUCUCGAAAAAUCUCGUGUCGUCCGUCAAGCUCCUGGAGAGCGUUGUUACCACAUCUUCUACCAGAUCACCUCUGGACAUGACCCAGCACUUCGUGAGAAGGUCAAGCUCACCAAUGACAUCAAGUACUACCACUUCUGCUCCCAGGCUGAGCUGACCAUCGAAGGUGUUGACGAUAAGGAGGAGAUGAGACUCACCCAAGAAGCCUUCGACAUCAUGGGCUUCGAAGACCAUGAAACCGCCGACUUGUACAAGUCCGUCGCCGGUAUUAUGCACAUGGGAGAGAUGAAGUUCAAGCAACGUCCACGUGAAGAACAGGCCGAGGUUGACACUGAUGACGGUGAGAGAAGAAAGAUAAUAGACUUAUACGUAUUUUAGACGCCAAGAACGCCGCUAUUUGUUUCAACAUUGACCACGAAGCGUUCUUGAAGGCCCUGACCAAGCCUCGUGUCCGUGUCGGUACUGAAUGGGUAAACAAGGGACAAAACUUGGAACAGGUCUCCUGGGCCGUCUCUGGUUUGGCCAAGGCUGUCUAUGCCCGUAUGUUCCGUUGGUUGAUUUCAAGAUGUAACAAGACUCUUGACGCCAAGGCCAUCGAGCGUAAAUUCUUCAUCGGUGUGUUAGAUAUCGCCGGUUUUGAAAUUUUCGAUGUAAGUUGAUGACAUAACAUUUAACUGCUAGUGCUAUUCAGGAUUCUAAUUAUUCUUAUUUAGUUGAACAGUUUUGAACAGUUGUGGAUUAACUUUGUAAACGAACGUCUCCAACAAUUCUUCAACCACCACAUGUUUGUCCUUGAGCAGGAAGAAUACAAACGUGAAGGCAUUCAGUGGACCUUCAUCGAUUUUGGUCUCGAUCUUCAAGCUUGUAUCGAGCUGAUCGAGAAGCCUUUGGGUAUCAUCUCCAUGUUGGAUGAGGAAUGUAUCGUCCCCAAGGCUUCCGACAUGACCUACGUCCAGAAGUUGCUCGACCAACACUUGGGCAAACACCCCAACUUCCAGAAGCCCAAACCACCAAAGGGAAAACAGGCCGAGGCUCACUUUGCCAUCGUCCACUACGCUGGAACUGUGCGUUAUAAUGCCACCAACUUCCUCGAGAAAAACAAGGAUCCCCUCAACGACUCUGCUGUCGCCGUCCUCAAGACCUCUCAAGGAAACCAGUUGUUGUUGGACAUCUUCUCCGACUACGUCACUCAAGAAGAAGCCGCCGAGUUGGCUAAGACCGGAGGUGGCGGUGGAAAGAAGAAGGGUAAAUCCUCCUCUUUCAUGACUGUCUCCAUGAUGUAUCGUGAGUCCUUGAACAACCUGAUGAGCAUGUUGUACACCACUCACCCUCACUUCAUCCGUUGUAUCAUUCCUAACGAGAAGAAGGCUUCUGGAGUGAUUGACUCCGCUUUGGUGCUGAACCAGCUGACCUGUAACGGUGUACUGGAAGGUAUCCGUAUUUGCCGUAAAGGUUUCCCCAACAGAAUGGUCUACCCCGACUUCAAGCAACGUUACUCCAUCUUGGCUGCUGAUGCUGCUAAACAAGGAGAUGAGAAGGCUGCGUCUAAAGGAAUCACCGAUGUCCUCUGUAACGAAGGAAACUUGAACGACGAGGAGUUCAAACUGGGUAACACCAAGGUCUUCUUCAAGGCCGGUAUUCUCGCUCGUCUUGAGGACUUGCGUGAUGAAAAACUCGGCAAGAUCAUCACUUCCUUCCAACAAUACGUUCGCUGGUAUUUGGCUCAAGCCGAUGUCAAGAGACGUGUCCAACAACGUGCUGGUCUCCUCAUCCUUCAACGCAACAUCCGUCAAUGGUGCACUCUCCGCACCUGGGACUGGUUCAAGCUUUAUGGAAAGGUCAAGCCUCUUCUCAAGGCCGGAAAGGAAACCGAAGAGUUGGCAAAACUCGAGGAAAAGAUCAAGGAGCUCGAAGAGAGUCUCAAGAAGGAGGAAGGAAACCGCCAACAGCUCGAAGGAGAAGUUGCCAAGCUGGUUGAGGAGAAGAACAAGAUCUUCCUCGAACUCGAAAAGGAGAAGGGAGUUGCCGCUGAGAAUGAAGAGCGCGCUAACAAACUCGAGUCGAUCAAGAAGGAUCUCGACCGCCAAUUGGCAGAACUUCAAGACCAACUGGGAGACUUCGAAGACCGCAACUCUGACUUGAACCGUCAGAAGAAGAAGGCCGAACAAGACAUCGAAGGACUCAAGAAGAACGUCCAAGACCUGGAGCUCUCUCUCCGCAAGGCCGAGUCGGAGAAACAAGCUCGUGAGCACAACAUCCGCUCUCUUCAAGAUGAAAUGGCUCAGCAAGACGAAUCGGUCGCCAAGUUGAACAAGGAGAAGAAACACCAGGAGGAGGUAUGAGCUUUUACGAUUCUAAAAAAUACUAUUUUCCUUAUCUUGUAAUCAUCGUUUGGUAUUUCAGAUCAACCGCAAGCUCCAAGAGGACCUCCAGGCGGAAGAAGAUAAGGUCAACCACGUCAACAAGCUCAAGGCUAAGCUUGAACAACAACUUGAUGACGUAAGUUACGGAAAUGUUUUGUUAAAUACUUGUUUUAGUUGGAAGACAACGUUGAACGUGAGAAGCGUUCCCGUCAAGAACUCGAGAAGGCCAAGAGAAAGUCGGAAGGUGAACUGAAGGUCGCCCAAGAGAACAUCGAUGAGAUCAACAAGCAGAAGCACGACAUUGAAGUCAACCUUCAACGCAAGGAGCAAGAACUCCAUGCCGUCUCGUCCAAGCUUGAGGAUGAACAAUCCCUCGUUGCCAAGCUCCAACGCCAGAUCAAGGAGCUCCAAUCCCGCAUCUCCGAACUCGAGGAGGAACUCGAGAACGAACGUGGCAGCCGCUCCAAGUCCGACCGUACUCGUGCCGAGCUCCAACGCGAAUUGGAAGAGCUCUCCGAGCGUUUGGAUGAGGCUGGUGGUGCUACCGCUGCUCAGAUUGAGGUCAACAAGAAGCGUGAAGCCGAGUUGGCCAAACUCCGUCGUGAUCUUGAGGAGUCCAACCUCAACCACGAAACUCAACUAGGAGCCUUGAGAAAGAAGCACAACGACGCCGUUGCUGAACUUUCUGAUCAACUCGAGCAGGUCCAGAAGCUCAAGGUCAAGAUUGAGAAGGACAAGCAACAGAUCCAACGCGAGUUGGAAGAUGCUACUCAAGCCGCUGAUGCUGAACUUCGUGGCCGUCAAGAAGCCGAAAAGGUCAUCAAGAACUUGGAACUCCAACUAUCUGAGAUCCAAACCAAGGCUGAUGAACAAUCCCGUCAAUUGGCUGACCUCACCGCCUUGAAAUCUCGUCUCCAGCACGAGAACUCUGACCUCGGAAAUCAGGUUGAAGACUUGGAGAACCAAUUGAACGGACUCCACCGUCUAAAAUCUCAGCUUGCUUCUCAACUCGAGGAGGCCAAGAGAACCGCCGAUGAGGAAUCUCGUGAACGUCAAGCUCUUGCUGGACAAUACAAGAACGCCCAACACGAGAACGAGUCACUCCGUGAACAACUUGAUGAGGAACAAGAAGGCAAGGCUGAAGCCCUUCGUCAAAUCAGCAAACUUAACGCUGAAAUUCAACAAUGGAAGGCCCGCUUCGAAGGAGAAGGACUUGUCAGACUCGAGGAGAUCGAGGAAGCCAAGAGAAAGCUCCAGCAGAAGGUCCAGGACCUCACCGACGCCAACGAGGCUGCCAACACUAAGAUUGUCUCUUUGGAAAAGACCCGUCACAAGCUCAUGGGAGACUUGGACGAUGCUCAGGUUGAUGUCGAGCGUGCCGCCGCCUAUGCCGCCGCUCUUGAGAAGAAGCAGAAGGGCUUCGACAAGAUCAUCGACGAAUGGAGAAAGAAGAACGACGACCUUGCUGCCGAGCUCGACGCUGCCCAGCGCGAUGCCCGCAACUUGGCCACCGACCUCUUCAAGGCAAAGACCGUCCAAGACGAGCUGGCUGAGGCUUUGGAAGGAACUCGCCGUGAGAACAAGAGCUUGGCUCAGGAGAUCAAAGAUCUCACCGACCAGCUCGGCGAAGGAGGCCGCUCUGUCCACGAACUCCAGAAGAUCGUCCGUCGUCUGGAGGUCGAGAAGGAAGAGAUUCAGCACGCCCUCGACGAGGCUGAAGCCGCCCUUGAAGCCGAAGAAUCCAAGGUUCUCCGAGCUCAAGUCGAAGUAUCACAGAUCCGUUCCGAGAUCGAGAAGAGAAUCCAAGAGAAGGAGGAAGAAUUCGAGAACACUCGCAAGAACCACCAACGUGCUCUGGAAUCCAUGCAAGCCACCCUCGAAGCCGAAUCCAAGGGCAAACAGGAGGCUCUCCGCAUCAAGAAGAAGCUCGAACAAGACGUCAACGAGCUCGAAAUCGCCCUCGACCACGCCAACAAGGCCUACGCCGAUGCCCAGAAGACCAUCAAGAAGCACCAAGACCUCAUCCGCGAACUCCAACUCCAAGUCGAAGAGGAACAGAGACUCCGCGACGACAUCCGCGAACAAUUCCUCAACUCCGAGAAGAGAAACGCCAUCCUCCAAUCCGAGAAGGAGGAGCUCCUUGUCCAAGCCGAAGCUGCCGAACGCGCCCGUCGUGCCGCCGAGGCUGAUCUCAUCGAACUCCGCGAGCUCGUCAACGACCUCAGUGGCCAAGUCAACAGCCUGGGAGGAAUCAAGAGAAAGCUCGAAGGAGAACUCCAAGCCCUCCACGCCGAACUCGACGAGGCCCUCACCGAGUUGCGCAACGCCGACGAAUUGGCCAAGAAGGCCUCCGCCGAUGCUGCCCGUCUUGCCGAAGAACUCCGUCAAGAACAAGAACACUCCCAACAUGUCGACCGUCUCCGCAAGGGACUCGAGAUCCAGAUCAAGGAGAUGCAAGUCCGACUCGACGAGGCCGAAGCCGCUGCCCUCAAGGGAGGAAAGCGCAUCAUUGCCAAACUCGAGGAGAGAAUCCGCGCCGUCGAACAGGAAUUGGAUGGAGAACAACGCCGUCACCAAGACACCGACAAGAACUUCCGUCGUGCCGAACGUCGCGUCAAGGAGCUCGACUUCCAAGUCGAAGAGGAUAAAAAGAACGCCGAACGUCUCACUGACCUCAUCGACAAACUCCAAGGCAAACUCAAGGUCUACAAGAGACAAGUUGAGGAAGCCGUAAGUUUUAUUUCAACUACUUGAUGGCCUAAGACCAAGUAAAUAAUAAUUACUUUUGAAUUUCAGGAAGAAGUUGCCGCCACCAACCUCGGCAAGUACCGUCAACUCCAGGCCCAACUCGAUGAGGCCGAAGAGCGCGCUGAUUUGGCCGAAAACUCCUUGUCCAAACUCCGUGCCAAGAACCGUUCCUCCGCGUCGAUUGCCCCAGCCGGCGGUCUGGCGACCUCUGCUUCUGCUGCUGUGUUACGUUCAUCUUCUCGCAACUUUGACUUCUAA